AUGGGAAAAUCAUCAAAGGAUAAACGCGAUAUUUUCUAUCGGCUAGCGAAAGAACAGGGAUGGCGUGCACGUAGUGCUUUUAAACUUUUAGAAAUUGAUGAUGAAUUUCAUGUGUUAAAAGGAGUUAAACGCGUGGUUGAUUUAUGUGCUGCGCCCGGAAGUUGGUCGCAGCCAUCACAAUCUCCACCAAAAAUUGUCGCCGUCGAUUUACAAACAAUGGCAAGAAAAUUUAAAAGAUAUUUGAAUAUUGGUGACAUAACCAAACAAUCAACAGUAGAACAAAUUCUCGGGUAUUUCGAGGGUGAAUUUGCAGAUAUUGUAGUAUGUGAUGGAGCUCCAGAUGUAAUCGGACUACAUGAUUUCGACGAAUACAUUCAAGCACAACUGGUACUUGCCGCACUAAACAUUACUACACACAUCUUACGCCCCGGUGGCACAUUAAUCGCAAAGAUUUUUCGUGGGAAGGAUGUGACGUUGUUGUAUGCUCGGCUAUUAAGGUUUUUUGAACGUGUUACAUGUGCUAAGCCGAGGAGUUCUAGAAAUUCGAGUAUUGAAGCAUUCGUGGUUUGCCAGAAUUAUCGACCACCAAAAGAUUAUAUUCCCACAAUGACAAAGCCUAUACUGGAUUUAUCUUAUGACGAAAAUAAUAAAUUGCUUGGACCUUCUCGUCUUAUUGUUCCGUUCGUCGCGUGUGGUGAUGCAAGUGGAUUCGAUUCAGAUCAAACAUAUCCUCUUGAGGAAAAAAGCCUUGAUCCGCUACAACCACCAAUAGGCGCACCAUAUCGUACCGCGAUCACAUUAAAACAACAAAACUAUUAUAACAAGAUUCCAUCCUAG